AGAUCGCCUAUAAAAGCCGACCCACUUAAUCUCGACCGAUCAGUAUACGAAUACGUUUGCAGCCGACCGCUACUACAACGACUACAACUGUACCUAACUGAAAAUCCAACAUCAAACACCAUGUACGGAAAGAUUGUCUUGUGUUUCGCGAUCGUAUUAGUCGGACAGGUGAGAAUUCUUUAUUUUUAUUUUUAUCAUUUUUUAUAUUAUUUUUUCACAAAUAACGUCGUCACAACAAUAUACGUAUAUUGGCUACGUUUGUAAUUCUACUCUCCCUAAAUUCGUUUCACGAUUCGACGUUCGAAAUAAAAUUCGCGUAUCGACAACGCUAUUUAUCAGAGAAAAACAACAAAAUAUAUUUAUCACAUUAUAUUAUGAUAAAUAUUAAAUAUAUCAAAUCAGUCGACCGUGUAUAAUAUUAUUGUUAUUGUUAUUAGAUAUAAUUUAUACAUUGAUUAGUCGAAGAAACAAAAAAAAAAAAACAAAAGAUUUCUUUACGAUUCGAUUUUACGCGUAAUAUUAUUAAAUUGUUACAUUAGGCGAGUCUCUAACUACAUCGAAUGUAAUGUAGUUUUUUUUUUCAUAAAAGUUUUAAAAACAUAUUAUCACGGAAAUCGUAAAUAUCACGGCUUUUCCACACGCGUGUGACCGAACUUCUCUCCCCGAAUCCGAUUCUCGUUAACAAUGGUCUAACGUUGGCUACAGGUAUAAAUUAAAAAACUUUAUGUAUUCCGCCUUUCCAACUUUACCCAGCUAUGACAGCGGCCGCAGCCGUCCCCAGUUCUUUUACUCGCAUUUAUUUACCAUAUGAGUUUUUAGCCGUAGCCGCGAUGUUGUGGAAAUUUUUAUUGGGUACUAUUUAGGUUACUCAUAUUGUAAAACUGUUGAUUAAACAGUUGUAGUUAAAUAGUAAUCUGUUUUUACUACAUUCAAUCGUACAGUACGCUCUACGGCGGUAUAUAUAAUAGGAAUAAAAAAAUUCGCGUUAUUUGGAAUACUAUGUCUGCUGGUCCUUAUAUUAAUUGUAAAAUGUACAAUGUUUUAUACCACCCUUUGAAUUAGGAGUGACAGCCGCCAUACCUAAUACAUAAGUUCGGCGCCGCUGGUCAGAGAGUUGCACUCAAAUUCGCUCGAUACACGAGUACAUCGGCUAUAAAUAUUAUAAUACGAUUUUCGUUAAUAAAAUAUCAAUCAUUUUUUCCCGCGCAUUUAUACAUUGCUAAUAAACAAUCGUUGUGCAGGCCAUGUCUGGUACAGUGUUUGACGGCGAUGAGGUGAAGAAAGUCGCUGACCAACUCGCACAGUCCGGCCUUUCCGUCGCCAACCAUUUGAAUCAAUGGCUCGGAAUCCCGAUCAGCGCCGCGGACAACCAAAAGUCCUACGAAAAAGUCAAGUCUUUACUCAACAAAAGCCAAACGGAGGUAAGAAUAUUUAUAAUUUCGCGUUUUUAUAAUAAUAUACAUUUUAUUUAUCGAAUUGGUUCAACUAUUUCAUCGUAUACAAUAUAUUUAGUUGGAAAGCGAUUUGGACAAAUUGAAGGAACUCUUGACCAAAAACGUAGACGUGAAAUUGAAGGAUAAAAUCGAUGAGCUAGAAAAGGAAAUCAAGAAACAGACCAACGAGGCCAAGGCGUUGUUCGACGACAAAAUCGCCAAGCCGAUCAACGAUAAAUACAAGGACGACAUUAAGAAAAUCACCGAUUCAGUGGUUAAGGCCACCAAAGAAGUCGAAGUAAGUUGAAACUACUCGGGGAGUUUUGACAAAAAUAAAAAGAAACAAUCGCCUUAAGCGCCCAGAGUUUUAUAAUAUUUCAUAAAAAGGACUGCGGAAACUCGCGAGAUAAUAUAAUAACUAAAACUAUAACAUAUUAGUUAUUCACUUUGUUUCUUAGGGACAUUAAGUAUUUUUGUUUUUCUUGAACAUUUUGACACCGUGCCUCUUCUUGCAUUUAGCGAUUCGAUUAUAUUCUAUUCGCGGAACACUCGUUUACAUAUUGUUUUAUUAAUAUUUUCUUUACCGCUACGAAUAUGCGAGUUUAGACUUUGACUUUUUUUUUUUUUUUUUAAAUUUAAAUAAAAUAAGUUAUAACACGACUAAUUUUGAUUAAAAAAAAAAUUUCAGACGACCGUCACCAAGGCCAUCGACAAUGCUAAGAAACAAUGAACAUCAUCGUUUUAAUACGUGCCUAUAAUCAUAUAACGCGGUAGGUACGAAUCCAUAUGUCGUAUAUAUAUGUUUUUUUUAAAUUUAUAAAAUCCUUUUUUGUACUUUUUUUUUAAAUAAAGUUGAAUACGUUUUAAUAUUUACCGUGUUUUCGAUUGAAAAUUGUACGCACUAGUCGUAUAAUCCAUAUACCUAUA